UCCAAAAGUGAGCCAUUUGUUCGUCACCAUCUGUGUAGCUGUGCGCAGUCCUUGUAUUCGAUGCAGUGUCCCAUUCGUCUCUUCCGCUGCCGCUGGAAGUCGCCACUGUUGAUUUGGCUGCUUUACUGUGUGAUUACAACUCGCGCAGAACCGGCGGAGUUGGCGCCGAGCCCGGAGCCGCCCGAGAUGCACAGCGUGUCGACCGAGCAGGUCCUUAUCCUGGCCGUGGACGCCCUGUUCCUCUUCGUUGGCAUCGUCUACGGCUCAAGAGUAUUAGCACCGAAGCCCAUGACCUAUUUGUCUGAGAUUGCGUUCCCCAUGGACUUCUGCGGGAAGAUGGCGGCGUCGUUCACGCUAUUCUUGCUGAAUGGGCUGUGCUGGCUAUACCAAGAGAUUUUCUGCUCUUGGCUGCUGCUUCAUCGACCGUUUGGCCAAGAUCAGCAGAAUGUUGUGGCAGUGAUGGAGACAUUGGUUUGGGGCACGUCGUCGAGCAUUUUGUGGAUGGAGUAUCGGCGGGGGCUCACACCAUCGAUGUAUUUGCGGUUGUUCUGGACCGUUAAAUGGUUGGAUGCCACAUUUGUUUUGGUUGUGAACGGAACAUUCAGUGGGAUCUCAAAUGAGAGCAAAGAGGACUCCUCUUCGUAUGUGACCAGCAUGGUGUUUGGUGGUGUGUGCUAUGCUGCAUCCGCUAUCCUCGUGCUCUUCAUGUUUGUGCGACCUACCACUGUCACCCCUGAAUUUAUCGCGUAUUCAACCGAGGUGAACACGCCAUCUGCUUAUCUCAAUUCGACGCACCAUCAACCCCCUACCUCACUGUAUGGAUCCUUCAAGGACUGGGAACUUCUGGCGUAUGUAAGUUCUUCACACGAAUUAUGUGUUUUUGGUAUAUACAUUUCUAAGUGUCUAUCUUAUUAUGCAGCCGUCGUCCUCCAAGAGUAGCGAAGAUAAACCGAUGCUUGACAUCACGAUCCCAGCCACCACGUCUUCAAUUUGGGGUAACAGGCAAUUCGUCUCCUUUAAGAUCGUUGUGCAGACCGAUGAAGAUCACUGGAGUCUUCGUCGACCUUAUAGUGACUUUGCCGCUCUUCACGAUGAGCUUCCCGAGGAAGUUGGUGCAGACUGCCCCUUACCACCAGAGGAGUACGACGACAGAAAACUAAUUUCAUGGAAAGAACGUCCUCGAUCUCUGAAGUCACGCCUUGAAAAAUAUCUUAAGCAGGUGUUGCAUCACCCAAAGCUAGCACCGUACGCGUCUCAAGCUCUUUGCGAGUUUCUCGAGAUGGUAAGUUUGCUGUGUAGUUUAUUUUACUCAUUGUUGUCUGGUGACGCCGUCGUAUUCGAUCAACAGGAAUAUGUCGAGGACAUUGCAUCUGUGCGCUCGUAUCAUACAAAUUCGAUAAUAUAAACUACAUGUAAGUAAACGUAAUGAAAUUGGAUUUGGGGGGAGACGGGAACCUGUGGCUAGCUACCAUUCUCGUCGGAAAAUGCGGCAACGAGUAUAAGUGUAGUCGAGUAUCCUGUUUUGACGGAAUGGAGUACUUAAGUUGGUGGUGGCGAUGCCGGUAGUAAACCCCUUAAAAAAUCAAUGAUUGUCACCCAAGGCAAAUUCGUCUAUGAACAGAAUGUGUCGAACCAUCCUCACUAGCAUCUACGACCGGCCAGAUACCGUUGACGGGAAGGCAAUCUCACAAGAAUUCACCAUCUUAGCGAAACGUAGCGAAUUGAGCGUUUCGUCACGGUGCUCUCCUAGUGGUGAGAGAUUGCAGAUCAUAAGCGUCUUGCUGUCUCCACCAAGCGAGGAGCUCAAAAAGUGGGUCAGCUUCGAGUCACGGAAAGGGACGUGUGUCGACUGCAAAGGUAGCAGUAGUUAGUUUACUUAAACGCAAACAAAAGCAAGUGUGCAGAACACACCUUUUUCGCGAGAGCAC